CAGGAUGAUCAGACAGUUGAUUCUUAACUAUGGCAAGAAGGCGUUCGAAAGCUGGCCUUCAUUGCUCCAUCAAUCCGCCCAUCGCCACAACAUCUCCGGAUCUACCACUCACGAGCAAGUAUUGCAAGUUUCGCAAGCAGCGCCGGUUCGGGCUCCAUCUCCGUCUCCAAAAGUCCCGAAUCCAUAGUCGACCAAACCGCGAUCGACCUUUUCCUCUCCUCUGGUUCGCCGCCGGUCGUUGCGCCGUGCUGCAACGUGCGGGAACAGACUUGUCGAAUUAGCAGUCGCUGUCCUUCUCAGACCGUCGUCGCGAAGCGGCGCACGAGGUCGUCGGACGGAUAGCAACCGCGUGGAAGAACGACGCAUCGGCAUCGGCGCGGCGUCAAUACAGGCCAGCUGAAUCGACGGCGCGGCAACGACCUAUGGUCAAGGAUCCUUCCGGUGGAAACCAAAACGAUCGUGAAAUGGAAUGGAAGAAAAUAUCCAGUGAAUGUAAAAGGUUCACAGCUCUCCUAGCCAUGGGCAGUACUGUAUGCAAGAAGCUCUUGACGAGCAUCCCACAGAAGUGUCGACAUCUAGCGUCCGCGAACGACGAUUCCGUGGCGGCGGGUAGUGCCACGCUUGUAGUCGUCGUCGGACUCGGAAGAGCAGUCGGAUCCGUCAGAGUAUCCGCAGCGAGACCC